AAGAAGAAGCCGGAGAAGGAGCCCGGGAGCAGCAGCGGCGGCGGCGGCGGCGGCGGCACCGACACCGACAACCCGGGGGAUGGGAUGAAGAUGAGACGUCACCGUGUGGUUCUGGUUCUGUGUAUGGCAGGACUUUGUCUCAUCUCCUUCAUGCAUUUCCUCAAAGCCCUGUCCUAUAUCACAUUUUCCCGUGAACUCUCUGCCUUCAGCCCUUCCCUCCGGUCCAUCUUUGUUGACUCGCAGUUCUUUUGGAAGCCGAACGUAGUGGAGGAUGUAAAUACUGGCCUCGGGCUACAGAUCACUCCAAAGGCGCAGAACGAAGGCCAUCCGCAAUUACACCGAGCACUGUUUGAACUGAAAGAUGAUGGGACAAAGUACUUCAUGCAGACCAAGGCUGGAGCAAUUUGUUUCAAGCAGGGAACCAAGAUGGCGGCAGCGACUGUGGAGGGGGCGCUGGACUGGGGCCACAAUGUGAUCGAUAAGCAGCUGGUGCAGAAGGUGGUGAGCCGGGGGUGGGGUGGAAGGCCGAGGCGAAGGUGGGUUGGGUGCCCUUGCCUCCCAGGGUGGCAUGGGCCAUACUGUGGGGUGCCCACCAUGGUCCAGUAUUCCAACCUGCCAACAAAAGAACGCCUGAGCCCGCGGGCAGUGCCCCGCAGGGUCAUCAACGCCGUCAACAUCAACCAUGAGUUUGACCUGUUGGACGUCCGGUUUCACGAGCUGGGCGACGUGAUCGAUGUUUUCAUCAUCUGCGAGUCCAACUUCACUGCCUUUGGGGAGCCCAAGCCCCUGAAAUUUGUCGAGAUGUUCCUGAACGGGACCUACGGUUAUGUGGGCCACAAGAUCCUGUACGUUUUCCUGGACCAUUUUCCCAGCGGGGGGAGACAGGAUGGUUGGAUCGCCGACGAUUACCUGCGGACUUUCCUGACCCAGAAUGGGAUGAGCCGUAUCAUUGAUCUCCGGGAUGACGACAUCUUCCUCAUCAACGAUGCUGAUGAGAUUCCAGCUCACGACGGCGUGCUCUUCCUCAAACUCUUCGAUGGUUGGACUGAACCCUUCGCCUUCCAUCUGCGCAAGUCACUCUACGGCUUUUUCUGGAAGCAGCCCGGGAGCCUGGAAGUGGUGUCGGGCUGCACUGUGGCCAUGCUCUUCAUGGUGUACAACGGAGAUGGGAUCAAGCUGCGGAGAAGGGAGUACUACUUAAUGCCAAACUUCCGGCAGUAUGAGAACAGCACAGGGCACAUCCUGGUGCCCUGGGCGGUGGGAAGCCCACUUCACUUUGCAGGCUGGCAUUGUUCCUGGUGCUUUAAGCCGGAGGGCAUUCGCUAUAAGCUCAUGUCCGCACAGAACGGGGACUUCCCCCGCUGGGGAAAUUACCAAGAGAAAAGGGAAUUAAGCUACAUUCGAGAGCUAAUCCAGACAGGGGGCUGGUUUGAUGGCACUGAGCAAGAUUACCCCCCUGCGGACCCCAAAGAACACAUGUACGCUCCCAAAUACCUGCUGCAAAACUUUGACAAGUAUCGGUACAUAUUGGAGAAUCCAUAUAGGAAAGAAAGCUGGGGCCAGGGACCUGUGAAAGCUGCUGAGGUUUCCAAUCAGACUGGGAGGAUUACAUAAUGGCCAUUGGCAGUGAGCCCCAUGCCAGAGGGCCCGAGCGACUGUGCAGCAUCUACUGUCUGGGAUUGUGCCACUACCGGGACUUGUCGCGUGCUCUGUUUCCGAUCGAGUCUGCAUCGGCACCAGCACCGGCUUCUUCACCGCAUUCACCACCUUGAUUAUUUUUUUCUUUUCCCAGAAUUUUCAGUGUGGGGCAAAGCUGGUUUCUAUUCAGAUUCCAAUUAAGAUUUCUUUCGAGUACUAAACUCAUCUCUCUUCUCUUCCCUGCCUCCUAAGGAGUUGUGUGAAUGAAGUGCAGUGCACUGUGAUAGGGUAGCAGGACCCCACUGGUUGAGUGGAGGCCAGUGCUCUGUGACUGAGUGAGCCUGUAGGUUCUGGUGGACUAAGUCAAUCUUUGGGUCAAAUUUGGCUCUUGUGAAACGUAACAAAAAAAAAAAAAUCAAUGUAUGUUGUAAAUACAGUUGCUACUGGGUCCAGAACAGGGAGUGAAACACUAGCUGGUGAGUCAGGGAAGUGGUGGCUUUUUUUCACUUAAACCUGCUUUCUGGUGAAAGGGGUAAUAACACUUGCUGAUUAAACACUUAAUGAUAAUUAAACCUGUGAAACUAUGCUCCUGAUACAAAGGAAGGACAGAAAAAUGCAAAUUGUUUGUCACUCAAGUGCUCUUAGUGCCUGCUUCCUGGAUGGGGACAUCCUGGAGAUCUGUAGAGGACUAAGGGACUGUACAAGCUCCUGGCAUAUUGAACUCUUUUUUUUUUUGGCCUCAAGCUAUACUGGGCCAGGCCUGGAGAGGUGCACCUUGUUGCUAGGAAUGUGCCAGGAGCAUCAUCGUAAUACUUGUCAAAUGGAAAGGGGGCAGCGCUUGUUCUGAAUCUCUCUCUGUGCCACAUUUCCGAUUGGUGCUUUUGCUGUCGUCCAGUGCUGUGCUGACAGCCAGUCUCAAAUCCUGGGGUCAAAGUCAAGCCUCCACAUUUGGUCAGCGCGCACCCCCCACACCCCAACCAGGGUUGGGCUCGGACACCAGCCAUGACCUGCCAAGUGGCCAUUUCACUGGGCAGCGCAGAGGAUAACCUGCGAAGGGGGGAGAACAUGGUGUGCCGAAUGCAAUUAAUAACCCAGUAACCUAGCAGCAGGCACUGAGUGCAGGAGAGGGUACAAAAGCACUGGAACCAGGAUGGGAGCCAAGUCCCAAGGAGGAAUCUGAACAAAUCUAGAAAUCUCCCUUUGGUAAAUUACUUAAAAAUUUAAAAUCCUGUGAAGCCCUGCAUAAGUAGCAGCUGCAGUAAAAUGUCGAAUACAAAAGCUGGGUUCGCAAAUCUUCACUUUCUAAGAACACUGGUUCUCUGAAAUUUACCUGUUUGGGAUAUCUGAAGUGUUGCGAGCCAAGGCUGAUAUUUUCACUUGGCUGUGUUGGGAGAUUGGCUUUUUGUGUCUGAUUUCUCUUCUGUGUAAUGUCUUCAAGAUUUGAAGUUUCUGUGAAACUUUUUUUUUAUAAUUAUUGUUUCGGAAUUAACCACUGGCGCUCAGUUCAGUGAAGUGAUGCAGAUAGUUUCCUGGGUUGUCCAACACUCCUGUAACAACAGGCCUGCAUUGAAGGGACCAAACACUAACCACACACAUGACCCCCACCCCCCCACCACCACCACCACCUAACCCCAGGCUCAGGCUGUACUGACUAUCACCUGGUUGGUGUUCACACUCUGAAUACACUGGAUUUCCAGCCUAUGAUUGGCUGAAGUCAGAUCACUGAAGAGGCAAAUGGUAGAGACUGAGUUUGGCCAAGUUACCAGCACUAGACACAGUGCACCCCUGGUGGUCACCCUAAUCCUCGCCCACAGUCAGGGUACAAGGAACACAUCCCAAAUCUGUCAGCUUGCAGUGUCUAGCUGCAGUCUGUGAGGAAGCUCAAGGACGGUGGUGGGGUGAGGCACUGAUUUCAAUCAGGAACUAUCCGUCUGAUCGCUCUUGAAGCUUUACUGACUUGUGCCAUUCUAAGUUAAUUGAAUCUGUCAGAUAAUGGCAGAUCAUCUGUGGGUGGCCUCACCUUCUGCAGCCUUGGUUUCAGAAGCAGCACCUUGAAAUAAAGACCCAUCCCAUGUUGUACCAAAUAGGAAAGCUAGCCUGGACAUCUCGUCCUGACUGGAGAGAUGCCCAGGGUCUGUCCCAGGACCAAUCAUUGUUGCAGUCAAAUGAACUGUCUGGGUCAGCAGCUCGAAGAUUGGAGAGAAUUCUGCAGGGCAGCUCCGAUAGACGGGCCUGUUCCAUACUCGCUGUGUAGUUAACACCCUUGGGCUGCUCUGCAUCACACCACCACCAAAGGGGGAAUGGCCAGCUGCCCCCACACAGACAGACAGACACACACACACAGACAGACACACGUACCCUCGCCUGGGCAGUCUCAUUCAAGGAAGGCGGGCGAGAAAUCCAUCGCGAUCAUGGGUUCAGAUUCAGUGGGUGCAGAACCCAGGCUGUCACUGUUUCAGCCACAAUACAUGAUGGGGACUGAAUCCUAACUGUAUCUUUAAUAAAAAUAACAUUUGCUUUAAACAUUUACCAACAUGUUUAAUUAAAUUGUAUGUAGCGA